GUGUACUCGUAUGUGAGAAGGAGGCAGAGAAGCAUCGUCUUCAUCUUCCUACUCCUCUAGUCCCAUGACGUCACUGCUCUGAGGAUUAAAGAUGGCGGCCAUAGGGACGUUGCUGCAGCUCCGCCGCUUCUCGGCGCCUUUGGUUCUGUUUCUGGCCGGGUUCGUCGUCUUAAACCCGGGACACUGCGAAGAGCAGGUUCCGCUGAUCCUGUGGACCAGUGAGAGGGUGUCCCUCCCCGCCCAGUCCCCCCCGGCGGCCGGUCACGUAGUGGGCCCCCAGCAGUUGGCUGGGUACCUGCAGAGAGCUCUGAGGGCCAGCCCCAAGAACGUUGUGCUGUUCCUGCAGGAUAAGCUAAUUAGUUGCUGUGUUUCAGACGAGCUGAUUGGUCAGGUGUUGAGCACCAUGAAGACGCAGUCCGUCCCGUACACGGCCAUCUACACGGCACUGCAGCCCUCCAAGGAGGCAGCAUCACUCUCGAUGGACAGCAGUCUGGGUGGAGGACGCUCCCUCCUGCAGGCCCGAGGACAUCGGGAGAGGGAGAGAGAACGGGAGAGGCAGCGGAAGAUGAAGGAGAAGGCUCAGAUCUACGCUCCCGUGGAGUUUAAGGAGGGGGAGGACACGUGUGUCUUGCUGUGGGCCAGAAGUCUGUCCGUGUCCAUCCUUCGCAGUGGACGCUGGGAGGACCACGACCUGACGUCCUCCACCUUCGGGGAGGGGGUCAGCCCCAAACUGCACGGCUCCAGCUGUGACAAAACAAGAGCCAGGUUGGUUCUUAAUUAUGAGAACGUCCUUGGCCACCGCAGUUUCAAACUGAUCUUUGCGAUGACUCAGCGUCUGUACAAGGUGUCCGCCCGCCGCUGGUUCACUCUAGACGCGUUGGAGCUGGAGUACGACGGGACCAAGGCCACGUUUAACGGCAGCAGGAGUGUGUACGCCCCGGCCGAGUACUCGUACCGCUGUGAGUCCGUCUCCAGCUUCCGGUGGCCGCUGCUCGUCCCUCGCUCCUCCAAAGACCCAGCCAAUCAGUGGAGGGUCUCCUUCCAAGACUUUCAGAUCCAGGGCUUUAACGUGAGCGGUAGCGAGUUCUCCUAUGCCAGUGACUGUGCAGGCUUCUUCUCGCCUGGGAUCUGGAUGGGUCUGAUGACCAGUCUGCUCAUGGUCCUGGUGCUCACCUACGGCCUGCACAUGAUCAUGCAGCUCCGCACGAUGGACCGCUUCGAUGACCCCAAGGGCCCGGCCAUCUCUGUGCCCCAAACAGAGUAACACCCCCCCACUUUCCCCGUCUCUCCUUUCUGUCCCUCAGUGCUUCUCCAACCCUUAUCUUGGUGUUCCUCUGUAAUAUUUAGUGGUGUUGUCAGUUGUAGGGUUAGUCAUCGCUCAACAAGUCUUAAAGCUGCCCUGCAUCCUUUAAGUCUCUUCUAACCUAAAAUAUUCAUCUAAAGAGAUAUUUCAGUUGUUUCCCAAAUUAGUUUUUUCAUCCAUACAAAGAUGGUUCCCAGACAUCGUGCAUGUCUUUGCUUAAACUUGCUAUAAUCGUUAUUUUUUAUUUAUUUAUUUCAGGUUUAUUUAACAGUGACAAUGCACACUAAUAAUACACAUAAAAUGUUAAAUGUGCCAGAAUUAGCAAAAGGCUAUUUUCCAUCUGCUGUCCCUGGACAGGUCGUACAAUAUCACACCUAAAAGAUAAUAAAAGUGAAUAGCAAUGUUUUAAUACUAUAUGAAAUUAAACCGCCACAAGAAAUGUGUUGUUGUGCAGCAGCAGCUGGUUUGAAAGUGUUGUUAACCUUAACUAAAGACGAACUGCAGCUAGUGUCCAGAGGAUUAUUGCCCCGAAUGAAAGGAGCACAGGGACAAAAAAUAACUUAUUAAAUUAGUUAUGAAAUGUUAUGUAUUGGUGAAACUAAUAUGUGUUUACAUUUGUUUUUGUCUGUGAAUAAAAAAGUGAAAUGAAGGGAUUAUAUUUUCUGUGUGAUGACAGAUCAUAUCCAUUUUAGUUAACUACAGUAUUCUUGAUCAAAAAAGAUAUUUCAGAUUAUCCAUUCUAUAAAUGCAAGACAUGAAAUAACCACUAAAGAAAUGUCUAGUUUGGGAACAAUCUGGAUGGUUUUUCCGCACAUGAACAUGAGUAACUGUUCUUCCACUUGUUUUAUUGUCAUAACAUCAACACUGUAUUUAUUACUCAAGUCUUUCUACAACAGAUGUGUAAGUGGACUUAAAAAGGAUUAAUGUGAAAUUAGUUUGGUUUAUUUUGAUGAUUUGAAGUGAAUAGAAAUGUAGUCCUGUGUCGUGCUGCUGUGACCCCAAUAAAACAUCUGUGUCAAUUAA